CGACCUCGUUUGACCGCUCACCUACGGCAAUUAUCAGUGCCUUCAACCUCUCUCUGACGAUCCCUCCGGCGACCCCUCAUUACUCCAUCUCCAAUCUGUGAUUCAGGGCCAUGGAAACCCAACAUUUUUAUCAUCCUUUGGUAGCAAAGACAGCAACUAUUAGUUUCUUGAAUGUUAGAGGGACGUCAAACCUUGGUUUCGAUGCAACCUUCAUAAAGCCACACAAACACAAACAAAACUCUUUUCAGAGCGGAUGCGGAGACUACUACAAGAUUAAGCAUGGGAAUUGUCAGAUGACAAGGUCAUAUAGGAAAGUUGCAUCAAUUGUGGCCAACUUAGAAGAAUACAAGUGUGUGAAAGAAGUAGUUAUGAGAAACCAAUCCGAGUUCCAACAGAAGUUGAUGAUUUGGGCAGAAUACAAGUGCGUGUCGGCAAUAAUGACAGCCAUUGCAAGAAACAUGAUAAGUCAACAUAAUCUCCAAGAGAUGCUCGCGAUUGCUGGAAUGACCAUGUCGAUUAAUUUCACACUCAUUUUGGGUCGAGAACCCAUACUCACACGUGAAUUCCCACCUCUUUGGUUUAAAGUGCUUACUGCAACCAUUCCAAUUUUACCUGUCCUCCUUAACUUUCUUCUCAUCCCAAAAACCACCACCAUUGCGUAUACAAUUGCUGCCUCUUUUCUCGGACAGGCUCUUGGAUAUAUGGCCCUCAAACCCUAUUACGCCAACCGAACCUUCUCUCAUCGCCUCUGACUUCUCUUGAUGCCUCUUAUAUUCUAUAUCAUCAUGUGAAUGUUUGUUAAAAAGGUCUAAUAA